AUGCAGUGUUUACAUCUGGUGUUGAAUAUUACCGUUUCCUUUACAUCUAAAAUAGAAACUCAAUCCCAUAUUGUUGUGGAAUGGGGUGACACUAGAGACAUAUCAUCAUCGCCAGUUAUGUGCAGAAGUCUGUGGCAUAUGAUAUGGAACUGCCAGCUGGUGGCUUGUUUGAUGAUUGAGGCUUUCCCUGUUGAAGCUCUGAACUCUAUCCAACACUUGAAUGGGUCUGUUGAUGAAAUGAAGGCUUACAGCGGCAUCAACUCAAUACCAUACCACAUUGUUAGCAACAGCAUACACAGUGGAGACUGA